GGCGUUUCCGCUUCCGCCGCCGCCGCCACCGCCGCCGCCGCUUCCUAGUGUUGCUGGAGUCGCCGCGUCCUCGUUCAGUUGUGUGUACUAUGUCGGGUGGCCUCCUGAAGGCGCUGCGCAGCGACUCCUACGUGGAGCUGAGCCAGUACCGGGACCAGCACUUCCGGGGAGACAAUGAAGAACAAGAAAAAUUACUGAAGAAAAGCUGUACAUUGUAUGUUGGAAAUCUUUCCUUUUACACAACUGAAGAGCAAAUCUAUGAACUCUUCAGCAAGAGUGGUGACAUAAAGAAAAUCAUUAUGGGUUUGGAUAAAGUGAAGAAAACAGCAUGUGGAUUCUGUUUUGUGGAAUACUAUUCAAGAGCAGAUGCAGAAAAUGCCAUGCGGUACAUAAAUGGAACCCGUCUGGAUGACCGGAUCAUUCGCACAGACUGGGAUGCAGGCUUUAAGGAGGGCAGGCAGUAUGGACGUGGGCGAUCUGGUGGCCAGGUACGAGAUGAGUAUCGGCAGGACUACGAUGCUGGGAGAGGAGGGUAUGGAAAACUGGCACAAAACCAGUGAGUUGUGAGAGCUCCAUCAGUGAAAAACUCACUCUUUUAAUGUGUUGAAGAACACUACCCAAGGUCUGCAAACCAGCCCCUCCCCUUUUUUUAACCAAGUUUUGAUCAAUGUCUCUACUAAGCUGGAAACCCCUUCAGAGUUUUCCUCUGAAAUUUUAAUUAAAGGGCAGAUCCGAAA